AUGGGAACUUAUUUGUCAAUCCCAGUUACCGAAAAGUGCGAAGAAUCUGGAGAAUCACUGGAGUGUCCUGAUGUUCCGUGUUCAUGGGGUGUUGUCGAUAUGCAGGGGUGGCGAAAAUCAAUGGAAGAUGCACAUGUUGCUGUAACUGAUAUUCCGAUACCGCAAUCCAGCGAAGACUCUGAAUGCAAGUCGGAUGCCAAAAUUUUUGGAGUUUUCGAUGGACACGGGGGGGCAGAAGUCGCCCGCUUCUGCAGUCUUUACCUUGUUUCUGUUCUAACGCAACAAGAAUCAUGGAAGCAAGGAGUUCCAGUUUCCGACGAACAAAGAAGCUCCGAUCCUUCUGAAUCGACUGUUGGUCUAGCUUUGCGAAAUACAUUUCACUCCCUAGACCGAAUGAUACAGGACUCGUCGAGGCGCGAUGAAAUUGUUACGUUGCGAAAUUCUAAACCAUUCCCCGGGGAAAGAAGGGGUGCAGUGUCCAUUCCUGCCGACCAAACCGUUGGAAUCAUACCUAAAGAGACUAACCCGAGCAAUAAAUCAAGUUCAGAAUCAACUGAUGCCGGAAAUGCAAAAGGUGAGAACGAAGAGCUUGCACCUACUGAGGGUGGGAACAAUACUGAUACAAGCGAUGAUGAUAGCACCGGUCGCGUUGGAGAGGAAGAAGCGGCAGAACUUGAUAGAAAUCUCGACGGCGAUGAGAAAAGAAUUGAGCAGGAUAGCAAUGAUACUUCAGACGAACUCGAUAAGAAGACCGCUACAGUCACUGGCAUGAUGCAACGGAUCCUGAACCUCGCCUCUUCGUCUGGUGACAAGGGCGUUGUACCUCUCAACUCGGAGGAAACUAAUCAAAGUGCGGGUGGUCCGUCGGCUGCAAAACCAACCAUCGUUCACAAUGGAAGGUUGAUCUGCAAUCUUCCCGACCAUCCAAUUCAUGCGGGGGCCACAGCCAUUGUAGCUGUAUUAACAGGUAGAAUUUUGACUGUAGCUAAUGCAGGCGACUCUAGAGCUGUACUAUGCAGGGCCGGAGGGAAAACGGAAGCGCUCAGCUUUGAUCACAAACCUCAGCAGCAGGUGGAAAGUUCAAGAAUCACGAAGGCUGGAGGAUUCGUAAACCAAUUCGUUCCAGGCAUUCCUCCUGCAGAUCAAAUUAUUACGUCCGAGCCAGAUAUACUACAGGUUGUGCUUCACCCAGAAGAUGAGUUCAUUAUUCUUGGAUGUGAUGGAAUUUGGGAUUGCCUGUCAAACGAGAACGCAGUACAGUUCGUCAGAGACCGAAUUAACACGAGAACACCAACUGAAAUUGGGAUUGAGAUGCUGGAUGAGAUUAUCAGUGACGAUCCAAGAGUAACACAAGGGAUUGGGGGUGAUAACAUGACUAUAAUGAUAGUUGACCUACGGCCGUCAACACGGGUAGGACGCCGAAACCCUGACUCGCAACUAGCAGCAAACAACGAAACAGAACAGUAA